ACUUCAGUCGAGUUGUUUUCAAGAGGAGAAGAACACCUCGUCGUUGUCAUUAUCAUCGUCAGAGUAGGCCGUAAUCAGCAGCAGCUGCUUCUAACUACUGCUACUGGAACUUCCAUUGAGAAUUUGAAUUGCGGAUUUAGCAAAAUUGGAUGAAGGGAUAUGGAAGGGUUCGGCGGUAGCAGGAAUAGGAGAAUAACGAUGGCUAGCAGCACGGGUAGUGGCGGGAAUAGGCGGCCACCGCUGUGCGGUGGUCGGAGGAGAGUAAUUGCAACAAAAAAGCGUGGCUGGACCAACCCACUGGCGGUCAACAACAGCGUCAAGAAGCUUCAAAGACGUGAGAUUUGUUCUAAACCCCACCGUUCCUCGUCCAUCACGAAAUCUCUUCAUCGAUUUUGCAACUUUCGGUUGACGGAGAGAUACGAUAUCCAUGAUCCUGUGGGACAAUGUUCAUUAGUAUUACCAUUGUUGAUGAAAAGAGCUAAAGUCAUUGAAAUAGUGGUGGUACAUGAUAUUGUCUUUGCUCUUGCAAGUUCUGGUGUUUGUGCAGCUUUUAGUAGAGAUACAAACAAGAGGAUAUGUUUCUUGAAUAUAUAUCCAGAUGAAGUCAUCAGGAGCUUGUUUUAUAAUAAAAAUAAUGAGUCAUUGAUUACAGUGUCUGUAUAUGCUUCGGAUAACUUCAGUUCAUUGAAAUGCCGAUCAAUAAGAAUAGAAUACAUACAGAGAGGCAAACCUGACGAAGGCUUUCCGCUUUUUGAGACCGAGUCUUUGAAAUGGCCAGGCUUUGUGGAGUUCGAUGAUGUCAACGAAAAGGUGCUUACCUUCUCUGCACAGGAUAGCAUAUACAAGGUCUUCGACCUGAAGAACUAUACAUUGUUAUACUCAAUAGCUGACCAACAGGUCGAAGAAAUCAAGAUCAGCCCUGGUAUCAUGUUACUGAUUUUCAGUAGGGGUCAGAGCCAUGUUCCUCUGAAGAUACUAUCUAUAGAAGAUGGCACGGUUCUAAAAGAUUUCAAUCACUUACUGCAUCGCAAUAAGAAGGUGGAUUUUAUUGAACAAUUCAAUGAAAAGCUUCUUGUUAAGCAAGACAAUGAGAAUCUCCAGAUUCUUGAUGUCCGCAAUGCUGAGGUGAAAGAAGUUGCUAGCACCGAGUUUAUGACUCCAUCAGCAUUUAUAUUUCUGUAUGAGAAUCAGCUAUUUCUAACAUUUAGAAAUCAAACCGUCUCUGUUUGGAACUUCCGGGGGGAACUUGUUACGUCAUUUGAGGACCAUGUACUAUCGCAUCCAGACUGCAACACUAACAACAUCUAUAUAACUAGCGAUCAAGACCUCAUAGUUUCCUUCUGCAAGGCAGAUAACGGACCGUUGACUGAUAGAAGAGGAGCUGGUUCUAUUAAUAUCAGUAACAUAUGGACUGGGAAAUGCAUAGCAAAAAUAAAUGCAAGCAAUGCGGUUUCCUCCAAGCAGGAUGAUGAUGAUGAUGAAGAUGGAAGGUCACCGAAUCAAAGGCAGGUUGAAGUGAACAUGGUUGAAGAGGCACUAGAAGACAUAACAUCCCUCUACUAUGAUGAAGAGCGCAAUGAAAUCUAUACAGGUAACAGUAACGGUUUGGUUCAUGUUUGGUCCAACUGAAAGAUGGAACCAUCAAUAGUUAUGUCUAUUCUAAGUACAUAAUAUGUGUGUUCUGUUGUGUGUUCUUAGGACGAAUAAUAUCUAUAUCUAUAUAUGUAUAGGGUUACCUUUUACAUUGAGUAUGCUGACUUAUGGGGGUCGAGUUGCAGAAUUGAAUGAUAAAUGCAAUAUUAUACUAGGUUGGUUUGUAGC